AUGAUGAAGGAGGACGAAGCAGUAACAUCGAACGCCAUGAACGACGACGAUACCACCAAUAUCUACAGUUGCAGUGGUGGUUCUGAUAACAAUCGUAUCGGAGACGAUAACUAUCAUCACAAUAAGAUCAGUCAAGUAUGGGGAACGUGGGAGGAGCUCGUGUUAACAUGCGCCGUUGAACGCCAUGGUGAUACCGAUUGGGAUUCCAUCGCCAAGGAGGUUGGCUCCCGGAGCUCUCUCAGCGCCUCCGCCCCGAAUUGCCGGCUUAAGUACCAAGAUCUCAAGCGUCGGUUCCAAGAUUCCGGCGGCGGCGACGGAGAAGGAGAUGGAAAUAGCGAAGUCGGUGAAAUCACCUGGCUCGAGGAGUUGCGGAGUAUUCGUGUCGCGGAGCUCCGGCGAGAGGUUCAGCGGUGUGACGACUCCAUACUGUCGCUUCAGUUAAAAGUUAAGAAAUUGAAGGAGGAGGAAGACGGAGGUGAUGGAGACGGUAAACCAGAUCUGGAGGACGACUCUAAGGGAGUUAGAUCGCGGAACGACGAAACUAAACCGGCGAAGCUAAACCGGGAAACGACGGAGUCUGGCCGGGACGAUAGGUCGAUGAACGAGUCGAACUCGACAGCCUCCGUCGAUCACGAGCGGCUAGGCGGGAAUAAAAAGGUUCAGGCUGGCGAGAAUUCGAUAAUUCCACAUCCCGAUCCGGUUAAGAAGGCGGCGGCGGCGGAGGAGGAGGAAGAAGGGACGGUUAGUAGAAGAUCGGGAAUGAGUCAGUCAGGCGAGUUGGGGGAAUCAGGAACGUCCACAGGUCAUGGGAGGAGGAGAGUACAGAAGUACAAGAGCGGUGGGGAUAGCAGUAUCCGCGGCGGAAGCGGUGGUGUAAUCAAAUCGGCCGGCGGUAAAUUACAACCGUUGAUUGAAAUCAUUAAGCUGAUUCGGUCUCAUCCGCGUGGUUCUGUGUUCGAAUCCCGGCUUCGGAGCCAGGAGACAAAGGAUUACAAGAGAUUGAUAAGGCAGCAUUUGGACAUAAAGACAAUAGAGAAGAAGAUGGAGAAAGGAUCCUAUGUUUCUUCAAGUCUCCCCUUUUACAGAGACCUCAAGCUUCUCUUCACAAACGCCAUUGUUUUCUUUCCUCCAUCUUCCUUAGAGUCCAAGGCUGCACAAGAGCUAAGAACACUCGUGUCCAACGAAAUGAUGAGACGCGCCGGAAAAUCGGGUCGUAGUGUCGUCAAAGCAGAGGCUGAAUCAUCGGUUUCUAGACAGAAAUCCUCUGUUCCUCCUCUUGUUGUCUGUAAGAAGAAGAGUCCUGCUACUAAAAUGACGUCUCCUUCUUCAAGCCUUAAACAAAAAGAUGAGAAGAAAUCUCAGGAAGUUUCGGAGGAGAAGACUACUGGUGCAAGAAGCUCGAGGAGAAAAACGAGAAAAGUUAUCGAUGUUGUUCUCAAAGAUACCAAGACGAAAAGAGCCAAGAAUAAUAACAAGAAACAAACAGAUUCGAAAACAGGCUCAUCCAAUGAUGAUGAGGAUGAGGAGGAGAGUCAUAAAACAGAGAAGAAGAAGAAGACAGUAGGAGUAGCAUCAGAGAAGAAGAAGUCAGUAGGAGUACCAUCAGAUAAGAAGAAGAGCGUGGCUGAUUUCUUGAAGAGAAUAAAGAAGAACUCUCCUCAGAAAGGAAAAGAAACAACGAAAAAAGAUCAGAAGAAGAGCGACGUAAACGUUAAGAAAGAGAACAGUAAAGCAGCGAAACCGAGGGAAUUGAGGAGUAACAGUACGGUUAAAAAGAAGGCUGAGGUAGAGAAUAAUAAGAGCAAGAGUGCCGUGAAACGAAAGCAAACUAAAAAAGAAGCAGAGGAAGUGACGGCUGCAGCUACAAGAAAACGAGGGAGGGAAUCAGCAAAAGACGAUAAACAACAGCCAAAGAAAAGAGGUAGAAGAUGA